AUGUCGGAAGAGAUAAUACGACUGAAUGUAGGGGGAGCAUCCUAUUCAACAACAAAACAAACCCUGAGCCAAGAGCCUAAUUCGAUUUUUUCACAACUGAACAAUCAGUCUUCUCAGUUCCCGAACGGGAUAGUCAAAUUAAAUGACGGAGUUUGGUUCAUUGACAGGGAUGGUGAUCUUUUCUCACACAUUUUACAAUACUUGCGAUCAGGAAAGCUAAUACUACCAGAAGGGUUCCGAGAAUUCGCUAGAUUGAGGGAUGAAACCGAGUUCUAUCAAAUAGAGUCACUUAGAGAAAAGCUGAUUGCUUCUUCUCCUAUCAACACAAUGAACCGUUUCAAAAUGUCUAACGGAGGUUUAAUCACCAGCGGAGAAACAGUUAUAGGUGGGUACAUCACUCUCGGCUAUAGAGGAACCUUCGCGUUUGGUCGCGAUGGUCAAGCCGAUGUGAAGUUUCGAAAACUUCAUCGCAUACUUGUUUGUGGCAGAGCUACUUUAUGUAGAGAAAUAUUUGGCGACACUUUAAACGAAAGCAGAGACCCUGGUGGACCAGACGAUGGCGAACGAUACACUUCCAGACUAUAUCUUAAACACCAAUGCCUCGAAAGAGCUUGUGAUUUGAUGGCGGAAAAAGGUUUUAAGCUUGUGGCCACUUGCUGCAGCGGAGCUAAUGGCUUGGCCGCUGCUAACCAUCCUGUCUUGACAGGCCAAGGGGGACCCACAAGUCAAAGUGACUUAAUGAAUCAUAGAAAUUGCGGAGACUACGAAGAACAACGAUGGGCUCAUUAUACGGAGUACGUAUUUUAUCGCGAACCUAUUGGAACAUCAUUACUUUCAUCACCAAGAGAAAUUUGA